AUGUCGCGAUUGGACAGGUUGGUGGUGCUAUUGGAGACGGGCUCCACGCCGUUUAUACGCAACACGGCGGCUGAUCAAUUGUCGGACUUGGCCAAAUCGCAUCGGGAGGACGUGCUAAAUCUACUAGCGAAGGUAUACCCCUUUUUGAAGUCGCCCAAGUGGGAAACACGAAUCGCCGCAGCAAGGGCGUUUGGCGGCAUUGUCAACCACGCCAAAGUAUGGGAUCCAAACGCGCAGGAGGACGGCGACUCGUUUGCCAAGAGGGAGGUCGAGGAAAGCCCAUCGUACGAAACUGCGUCGUAUAUCAAGCAGGAAGUAGACAACAAGGUGCAAAUCAAGCGGGAGCAAGAUGAAGAGUUGGAGCAACUCGACUGCAAGUUUUCGAGUCUACUAUCUUUUGACUCGUUCAGUCUCGAGGAGUUGAUCAAGGGCGGGAUCAAACUCCUAGCUUCGCAAUCCGACAACACCGUCAACUGCGACAGCAUAUGCGACGAUACCCUAAUCGGACGUAUAAAACGACAUCGAGCCAACGUCUUGCCCAAGGAGGAAAAACAACGAGAAGCUCGAGUGGAAGCAGCAGCAGAUGCAGAAGCGGAAAAGUUGGAUGAAGAUCAUCACCCCCAUAUCAAACAGGAAAUCACUGGCGAUGACUGGGACUCGCACUCAGAGACGCCCACACCGGCACAUUCACCAACUACAGAACGACCACCGCUUGUAGGGGCCAGCGGCGGCGGCGGCGGCAAAGGAGGCUCCAGCGCACGGCUCAAGGCCAUGCAGAAACGGAAAGCCAAGGCAAACGCAAAAUUGGGAGGAAACAAGAUGAAAAAUAUCGACAUUUCGCAAAGCUCGCUAUCGAGGAAAAUGAUGGAGAAUGGCGAAGCCAUGGAGAUUGACUUUGAAGGAGGACAACAACAGAAUGAGUCGAAAUACGACGUCACCUCUCAACAAGGCGGCUCAAAAUUAGUAGUCGAGAGCAAGGCAAACGAAGUCUCGCCGUUGCUAUCACUCCACAGCAAAGUCUCGGGCCUAAUAUGGCAGUUUCAAGGUGUAUAUGAGCUUUUGUUGGCGGAUUUUUUCGACGACAAUUGGGAAAUACGCCAUGGUGCCGCGCUUGGCUUGCGAGAAUUGGUGAGAAAACACGGCAAGGGCGCGGGGAGAAUCUUGAACAAGCUGCAAAGUGAAAAUGAACAAAACAACAAGGCUACUUUGCAAGACUUGGCAGUGCGGAUAUGCAUCUUGUUCUGUCUCGACAGAUUUGGCGAUUACGUUUCCGACACCGUUGUCGCGCCAGUGCGGGAAUCGGCAGCUCAGACUUUGGCGGCGUUGUUGAUCCAUCUUGAUGACGAGACCGUUGUCAAGACAUUUGAGUGCUUGAAUGCAAUGACAUUGCAGGACAAUUUAGUGGCAAAAUGCUGGGAGGCCAAGCAUGGCGGGAUCUUGGGAGUGCGAUACCUCGUGAGCGUGAGGACAGACAUUUUGCUAAGCAAACCGGAGAUAUUUGACGGCGUUAUUAACAUGGUCUUGCGAGGGCUUCAGGAAAGCGACGACGACGUGCAAUCGGUGAGCGCGUUGACGUUGACGCCCAUUGCGUCGCAGUUUGUAACCACGAGACAAGCCGUGAUACAACAAUUGCUCACGGUGAUUUGGGAUUGCUUGGUAAACUUGAAAGACGACUUAUCGGCCUCAAUCGGCUCCGUGAUGGACCUUUUAGCCAAACUCUGCAGCCAUGCCGAAGUCAUUGCGAUUAUCCAGCAGGACGCGAGCGAGGUUGACAACACUUUUGAGCGCUUGGUGCCGAGACUUUACCCCUUCUUGAGGCACUCCAUUGCCAACGUGAGAAAAGCAGUGUUGCGCACCCUUUUGGAGUUUCUCAAGAUUGACGAUGCCGCAACUAAAACCUGGGUCAAUGCGAAAACAGUGCGGUUGUUGUUUCAGAAUUUACUCGUUGAACAAAACUCGGAUGUGUUAAAGUUGUCGGUGGAGGUCUUUGACAAGUUAUUGGUCGAGGUUGAGGCGGUCGGCUUGGACAUUGACGAGCUCUUUGUCAACCAAUCGGCAGACUUGUUGACGUUAACAAUGACCCCAAUUGGCAUUUCGAGGCACAAUUACCAAUUAAACACCAAUUUGAUCAUGCGUCCCUCGGGGCAAAUGCUAGGUCCAUUGGACACAGAUGACCAUCGCGGUGGUGUUAAGCGUACCAAGAAGCAAGUCGAGGAGAAACCCAGUGACAUCCCAGUGGAGGAUUUGAAAGUGAAUAUUGACGCUCCUGUUUACAGAGGUGACGUGAUGCUUGUCGGUUACGAAAAGAUGAUUGCUAUGAAAACAGCUGCAACGACUGCUUUUGGUAAAUUUGUGGCUCUCGCAUCUAAAAACCUGCAGAGCAAAGUGCUAUGCCUAAUCUUGAAUUAUAUGAAGUCCCCGCAUGUCACGGCGAGGUUGUUGAGUGCAUACACAAUUGAAGCCUAUGCGGUGGCGCUCAAACUGCACGACGAGUCUGCUCUGAAGGAAGUUGUCGACUUGUUGGCAGAGCCCAUCAAUUCCGUGUUGCAAGACCCAUCUUCCUUGCCAUACUUUAAAGAGUUGAUACCAACAUUGAAAUCAGUGAGAACUUCUUGUUUGCAGCUCUUUGACUGCUUUGUAUCAACGGCCAGAUUAUCCCCUUCCAAGAUUCCUCAGAUCCCCAUCCUUGUCAAGGGAGAAACCGACGCAGGACCUGGUGCAUUCAGUCUUGAAAGCACCGAAAAGAUUUGCACUGAAACAUUUGAAAAAUUGAAAAGAAGCUUAUCUUCGUCUCACAGACUCUCGGCGAACCAGGCUCUCGAGGAUGCCAAGCACAGAAUUGUGGUGGCGAUUGAGGAGUCGCGCCAGGCCACCAAUGCUAAAACCACUGCACUUUUGGCUGCGUAUGCAGGCGCGUAUUUGAAGCUCGUUGGUUUGCCCAAGAAGUUGAACCCGAUAAUAAAGUCGUUGAUGGAAAGCAUCAAACUGGAAGAGUCACUAGUGUUGCAGAAGCGCUCGGUGCACUCGGUUGCCUACUUGAUUAAACAACUCAACGAGAGCAAAAAACAAAAUGUUGCCCACAAGAUUGUCAAGAAUUUGUGUGCAUUCAUUUGCGUGGAUACCGCUGAGGUUCCCGAGUUCCAUCACAAUAUCGGCUUCAAGGAUAACAUCCUCUCGUUGAGAAAAGAGGAAGCGCUGAGUGACCCUGCCGACAUUGUCAUCCACGAGAGAGCAGUGCAAGAGGCACGGAUCAAACGACAGGGAGCAUUGAUGUCCUUGGAGGAAGUUCUCAAGAUAUACGGAUCCAAAGUGUUUGAGCAAGCUCCAACAUUGAAAGAGCUCACGAUUGGACCGCUCAAGGAGUUGUCAACCAUUUCUAACGAAGAAAUCACGCUGGAUGAGUUCAAGGGCCAAAGCAUCAUUGAUGCCUUGGGCAUCUUAAAGGCGCUUUUGCCAAAGCUUGACCAAAAGCUACUUCCCGAGGUAACGGACAAUUUGGAACUUUUGCUACCAGGAUUGAAAUCCGAGUUUUCCGUGUUGCGUUACUCAACGGCGAAAUGCUUUGCUGCAAUCUGCUCAGUGGUUCCCACGAAAGCUUUCACAUUCUUGGUCAAACAUAUCUUGCCGAUGCUCAAAAACGCCGGUAGUAUUACCGAGAGACAAGGUGCAAUAGAAACUAUAUACCAUAUAUCGGCAACAUUGGGCGCCGACAUUUUACCGUACGUGAUGUUUUUGAUCGUGCCGGUUUUGGGAAGAAUGAGCGAUGCAGAUCACGACGUGAGGAUCUUGGCGACAACCACAUUUGCCUCGAUUAUCAAACUCGUGCCGCUCGAGGCCGGUAUUCCCGAUCCGGUGGACAUGCCAGCGGACAUGUUGGCAGGCCGAGAAAGAGAGCGGGAUUUCAUUCUGCAGAUGAUGGAUCCAUCCAAGAUUAAGCCAUUCGACUUGCCUGUCUCCAUUAGUGCCACCUUGCGCAAGUAUCAGCAAGAAGGGGUCAAUUGGCUAGCAUUUUUGAACAAGUAUCAUUUACACGGGAUCUUGUGUGACGACAUGGGGUUGGGCAAGACUUUGCAAACCAUUUGUAUUGUUUCCUCGGACCAUCAUACUAGAGCUGAAAAAUUUGCCGAGACCCACUUGGACGAGUUUCGAAAAUUGCCUUCUUUGGUGGUGUGUCCUCCCUCGUUGACAGGGCAUUGGGAGCAAGAAAUCAACCAGUAUGCUCCAUUCAUGUCUGUGCUAGUUUACGCAGGCAACCCCGGUAUACGAAUCCCGUUGCGGUCGCAAUUGUCAAAAGUUGACGUGGUGGUGACUUCUUAUGAUGUUGCGAGAAACGAUGUUGAGUACAUCACCGCCCAGGACUACAACUACUGUGUCUUGGAUGAGGGACAUAUCAUCAAGAAUGCCAACUCCAAGUUGGCCAAGUCCGUUAAGCGCGUGAGAGCCGAGCACAGAUUGAUCUUGUCGGGGACGCCCAUUCAGAAUAACGUCUUGGAGCUCUGGUCGCUAUUUGACUUUCUCAUGCCGGGCUUUUUGGGAUCGGAAAAAGUGUUUCACGAAAAGUUUGCUAAACCGAUAGCAGCAAGCAGGAAUAGCAAAACUUCAUCGAAGGAACAAGAAUCAGGUGCACUAGCUUUGGAGUCGUUGCACAAGCAAGUGUUGCCGUUUAUGUUGCGUCGUUUAAAAGAAGACGUGUUGUCGGACUUGCCUCCGAAAAUUAUUCAAGAUUACUAUUGCGAAUUGAGCGAUUUGCAAAAGAAGUUGUACAAGGAUUUUGCAAAGAGCCAAAAGGACAGCAUUAAAUCCGAGGUGUCUUCUGCUUCCUCUGCUGCUGCUGCUGCCUCCUCCUCGGCCUUCGAAAAACAAGGCCAAACGCACGUUUUCCAAGCAUUGCAGUACAUGCGAAAAUUAUGUAACCAUCCAUCGCUUGUGGCGUCGCCCAAGCAUCCCAAAUUUGAAGAAGUCCAAAGGUUUUUAACGUCGAGCAACUCGAAUCUCAAUGAUAUCGAGCAUUCUCCAAAGUUAAUGUCGUUGAAGACGUUGUUGCUUGAAUGUGGCAUUGGAUCACAAGACGCCGAGACUUCCAAGCUGAAGAAAAACAACCAGUUAUUGCAGACCCAGGGGGUUAUUUCCGAACAUCGUGCAUUGAUCUUUUGCCAGUUGAAGGAUAUGUUGGACAUAGUUGAGAAUGACUUGUUGAAGAAAUAUUUGCCAUCGGUGACGUAUAUGAGGCUCGACGGAAGCACAGAUCCGCGCCAUAGGCAGUCGAUUGUCCGGAAAUUCAACGAAGAUCCGUCCAUUGACUUGCUUUUGCUCACGACAAAAGUUGGUGGGUUAGGUUUGAAUUUGACUGGUGCCGAUACGGUUAUCUUUGUUGAGCAUGACUGGAACCCCAUGAACGAUUUACAAGCCAUGGACCGAGCGCACAGGUUGGGCCAGAAGAAAGUCGUCAACGUUUACAGAUUGAUUACAAAGGACACUCUUGAAGAGAAGAUUAUGGGAUUGCAGAAAUUCAAAAUGAACAUUGCAUCUACUGUGGUUAACCAGCAAAACGCCGGCUUGCAGUCGAUGGACACGAACCAGUUGUUGGACUUGUUUGACGUGGAGGACUCUGGCGUUAAGGAGGAGCAAGAAAAGGGAACCGACGGCGGCAGAACCAACGGUUUUGGCGCUGCCCAGAGCAACAACAACAACAACAACAUGCCGGAGACUUUGGCGGGAGGUUUGACUGGAAAAGCAGCUGGUGCUGUGGGAGAACUUGCUGAGUUGUGGGAUGAGCAACAGUAUGAAGAGGAGUACAACCUCGACAACUUUAUCAAGACUUUAAAGUGA